AAGAGGAAAAAUUUAGAGUGCGAGAGCACAAAACUGAAAAACAUAUAUAUGUGAGAAGAGCAGACAUGGCUGUGUAAGCUGAGGAAGAGCAGCAGCAGGAGGAGGAGGAGGACAAUGCUGGAGACAGGGCUGCAUGUUGGUGUCUGCUCAGGUGUGCACAGUCUCUAGUCAAUCUGGGGGUCAGGCAGGGCGCAGGAGUUGCUCAUGUACGAAUCAGAAAUACAUCUGUACGACUGAAGGUGGAACUCGAAAGUGAAGUCCAGGGAGAUUUUACUUGUUCAGCUUCUGGAAUCCAUGCAGCUUCGGGCAGGAACUCCUCUUCUCCGGUGAUCACACACAGCCUGCAGCCAUGGAGAAGCAACUGGAGGACCUGAAGCAGCAGCUGGAAAAACAAUGUCAGAUCAACCAGGAGCUGCAGAGGCAGAAUACAGACCUGGAACAACGACUGCAGGAGAAAGAAAAUCUUUUGCAGGAACUGCAGAGUCAAUAUCACGAAUUGGAGUUCCCCUCCAACAGCGGUAAUGAGAUUGAACCACAGGUCAGGCAGAGCCGUUCGGCCGUCAUUGCCUCCGAGCCAAUACACGAGAACCUGGAGAUUACAGGCACCGCGGUCAAGAAAACUGUCAGCGAGACAAAUCUGAUCGUGAAAUCCAUCCAGAAGAACGACUUCCUGAGCCGCCUGGACGAUGAACAAACCGCCAUGAUGGUGGACCUCCUGGUGGCGUCUGACUACAAACCGGGCAGGGAAGUGAUAAAAGAGGGCUCUGAAGGAGACAGCAUGUACAUCGUGGCAGCUGGGGAGCUCCUUGUCACCCAGGCGGGCCAGGAACUCCGGACUCUGACCAGCGGUGAUGUGUUCGGGGAACUCGCCAUCCUGUACAACUGCAAGCGGACAGCCACGGUCAAAGCCAAGACGGUGGUGCGUCUGUGGUGCAUGGAGCGUCAGACCUACAGGACCAUCAUGACCAACAAGUCCAAGAAGAAACGUGAGCAGCUCAUGGGCUUCCUGAAGACGUCUCGUACUCUGAAGGACCUGAAUGAUGUCCAGUUGUCUAAGAUCCUUGAUUCCAUGGACGAGGUGAAGUACCAGGACAAAGAUGUCAUAGUUCGAGAAGGAGCUGAGGCGAACACAUUCUACAUCAUCCUGAAAGGAGAGGUCCUGGUGACUAAGAACGUGAACGGGCUUCAGAAGCACAUUCGCAGGAUGGGGAAAGGGGAGCAUUUCGGCGAACAGGCCCUCAUACGGGAAGUUUUGAGAACAGCCACCUGCACUGCCGACGGCCCUGUUACCUGCUUCUCCAUCGACAAGGAGGUAUUCGAGGAGACAAUUCCCAUAGAGCACCUGGAGCUGUUUGAUGACUCCAAAGUGCUGCAGGAGGCACAACUUCCAGAAAAGACAAAUCCCACAGUCUCCACCAUGAGGUUUAAGGAUCUGGUGCCUGUGCUGUACCAGGAGGGACGCUACCAAGGAGAACCGGUCACACUCGGAGUCGGAGGGUUCGGACGGGUUGAGCUGAUGACCACUGUGAAUCAUGGGAAAUAUUACGCCAUGAAGCGAGUCAGCAAGAAGCACAUUGUUGCCAAGAGACAGGAGGAGCACAUGCUGUUUGAGAAGAAGAUCCUGAAAGCCAUCCAGUGUGACUUCAUCGUCAGGCUUCACGCAUCUUUCAAAGAUUCCCGAUACAUCUACAUGGUGAUGGAGUUCUGUGGUGGAGGGGAGAUCUGGACCAAACUCAAAGAAGUAGGGCGCUUCGACGAGCCUGUCGCUGUGUUCUGCACUGCCUGCGUGGUGGAGGCCUAUGCCUACAUGCACAAGAAGAACAUCAUGUACCGAGACCUGAAGCCUGAGAACCUGAUGCUGGACAUUAGAGGCUACAUCAAACUAGUGGACUUUGGUUUUGCUAAGGAGUUGGUGCGUGGGGAGAAAACCUACUCCUUUGUCGGCACUCCUGAGUACAUGGCUCCAGAGAUCAUCAAGAACCAGGGACAUGACUUUUCAGUCGACUUUUGGUCCCUUGGCAUCCUGAUCUUUGAGCUACUGGUGGGAAGUCCUCCCUUCUCAAGUUCAGAGCCCCAGAAGAUUUAUGCAAAAAUUUUGGAUGGGGUGCUGAAGUUUCCACCAUAUCUGAGCGAGGCAGCCAAGUCCAUAAUCAGUAAACUUUGCAGACCUCGGCCGGGUCAGAGGUUAGGAAACACCAAGAAUGGAAUCAAAGAUGUGCGGCAUCACAGGUGGUUCAGCAGUAUGAACUGGCACAAGCUUCGGGAGGGUCAACUCAACGCCCCCACAGUGCGACUCAUACGCAAGGGUCCCUGCUACAUCAACUUUGAUCAGUUCCCUCUGGACCUGAGCAAGGCCGAGGAGGAGUUCUCCGGCUGGGACCGCGACUUCUGAUCCUGCAGAUUUUGAACGGAUCAAAAGGCCUCAUGAUGGUAGGAGCUCUAGGAGCUCUACACUGAAAUGGCAUAACCCACAUCAUGAUAAAUUGGUUCUUCGGAGCUGCAGGGAAUCACUAUUUCUCAAAAUAUUUAUCAUGGCUCCAUUGUUUCGACUUUAGGUAGUGAGGCAAGUGGCCGGAAAUAUGUGGACGGGUGGUGAAAGGUGGUUAAGAUGUUUCGUUUCUAAACGAACAAGUGACAAUAACACCCGUAUGAGACGAUGGCCCUGAAGUGUAAAUCAAUGACAAUACACAAACCACAACAACAUAAGAAAAUAACAAAUAAUAUUAUCUUAAGCUUAUUUGCUAUUGUGUUUUAUUGAUUUACCGUUGUGUUUUCUAGUUGUUGUUAUGUUAUGUUAUCGGGCUUCGGACAUCAGGGCCCCCGUAAUACUAACGCUUAUCCCUGAUCAGUUAAACACCUUUCUAAGUGCUAAUAAAGAGUUGAUAUGAUACAAUAUGUAUCAAAAGGUUGUCUCUCACCAAACCUGAAAAUAGAACUGAAAAAAUCAAGUCUACCACAUCUGCCAUAUCUGUGUUGUACUUUAAAGUUCAUUGUUUAGAGAUUAAAAGUGUUUAACAGCUCAUGGAAAAGCUGUUUAAUGCUUUAUUGUUGUUAAAGUUGUGUUUUUAUUGUAAAAUGUCACUUUUUUUCAGAGUUCAUCUUCGUUUUUUGGAAAGUCUGCUUCAGCUUAAAGUAAUUUAAAAAGAACAUAGACUGUCCUGAUGAAAUUUCAACUUGACUCAUUUAGUAAAUAAAGAUGCUCUUAUUGGCUA